UGUAUUAUAUCUACUUGGGAAUUUGCGUCUAUUUUUAUUUAUUCUUUUUUAAACCACUUUUGAAUUUGCCUAUUUUCAUUUAUUUUUCUUUCGUAAUCCACUUUGUGACUUUGAGUAUAUUUACCACUUUUGUGUACAACUGGAUCUUUGCUGUUAGUUUAACUGUUGCUUCAGUUUAACUGACUGCUGUUGAUCCAGUUGAGCGCCCCCCCGUGGUCAGAUGAGGGAACGGCAGCUGGUUUCUCUCAGGAAGCCGUCACCGACCGCCGGGACCGAGCCAGUUCCUGCUUCCGCAAACAGAGCGCUGUUCCUCAGUUUAUCGGCUCAUCAAUGCAGCGACUGCCUUUCGCUUCCUGGCUGUGCUCUACACCCCUCUCUGCCUCGACAUUUAUGAGUGAUUGAUCCGCGACAUGACGGCCAACAGCCGCUGUUCGGUCGCGGAGCCCCCGGGGCUGGAGACCCAGCGGCGGGAGAUCGAGUGUCUGCUUCGGGAGAGUGAGCUCCAGGCUGGGGACAGCUGGUAUGUGGUGGACCGGCGCUGGUUCGAGCAGUGGAAGGAGUUUGUGGAGAGCGGAGACCAGAACUCGUCGUCCUUCCCGGGUCAGAUCGACAACACCGAGCUGUUUGAGGACCUGGACUCGUACCACCUGAAGGAGCGCCUGGUGGAGAACGAGGACUUCAUGCUGGUUCCGGCCGCGGUCUGGCACAAGCUGCUGCAGUGGUUCGGGAUGGUGGACGGCCAGCCGGCGCUGGAGCGGAAGGUGGUGGACCUGCCCAGCACCCUGAAGGUGGAGGUGUACCCCGUGGAGAUCUUCCUCUGUCUCCAUAGCAACAUGGAGAACGUGACCAGCGCCCAGUUCAGCCGCACCGACAGCAUCUGUGAGUAAAGGACCGGUUCUGAUCCUCCAGAACCCCUGAUGAACAGCAGGCUGUCGUCAGCCUGGGGUCAAAGUUCACAUCAUGUUUUCUCAUAGUGAGUCCCAGUUUAAGGAGGUGAACAUGAACAUAUGAAGUAAAAAAUACCAGAGAAAACAGAGAUCUGUGUUGAAGUGAGGAAUGUCCUGUGAAGCUUCAUGUUCUGAUUAGUGCCAAUAUUAGAUCAAUGGCAGCAUUAUUAGAAUAAUAUUAGAUAUUAAUAAAUGUUUCCGAUCAUCCUUUUAGCAGGAUCUUCUCCUUCUGUGACCUUUAACCUCUGAAGGCAGCAGAUGCUGGUUGAAUAUGUCUGAACUCAGGCUGCUGAUAAAGAACCAGAUAAAUAUUGAUCCAACUGAUAUCAGUGAGGCUGAUUCUGAUCAAUAAUGGAUCAUUUUGUGUUGCAUCAGAUUCAGAUCUGC